CCUUCCUAAAUCUCACCCACCCAACUCUUUCCUACCUCAACCAUCAAACUAUCUCAGACCUUUCCCUAAACCUUCUCUUAAUCUCUCAUGGCUCUUAUCCCUUUUACCCUUCAAAAAUUCCAAAAUCAAAAAAAUAAAUUAAAAAGAAGAAAGAAAAAAAUAUAAUAACAACCAGGCAGGAUGGCCUUUUGGAGCUCCUUUCAUCUCCCUCUCCUUAUUGGCCUCCUGUCUCUCCUCUUGCACCCCAUCGCAGCCACCACGGAUGGCAUUCAUCUCAGAAUUCGGCCUCCCUCCAACAUCCUCAUCUUCAAGGAAGCCCCCACCUUCCGCAUCCCCGUCUUCAAGGAAGCGCCCGCCUUCCGCAAUGGCAAUACAUGUAAUUCCCAAAAAAACAAUAAAAUCCAUAUAGUCAUGACCCUUGAUGCAAAUUACCUCCGCGGCACAAUGGCAGCCGUGCUAUCGAUCCUACAACACUCGAUAUGCCCGGAAAACAACUUUUUUCAUUUUCUCUCCCUCCAUAUCAACCCUGAAAUAAAUUCAACCAUAAAAACUACCUUCCCUUACCUAAACUUCAAGAUAUAUCACUUCCCCUCAAACUUGGUUUUUGGGAAGAUCUCCAAGUCUGUCCGGCAAGCAUUGGACCAACCCUUAAAUUAUGCCCGAAUCUAUCUUGGUGACAUCCUUUUGACAGAUGUGGACCGUGUGAUCUACCUAGACUCAGAUAUCAUUGUUGUGGACGAUAUCAUGAAACUAUGGGAAGUGGAUUUGGGUGACAAGGUGAUUGCUGCACCGGAAUACUGUCACGCGAACUUUACAACCUAUUUCACCAACAGAUUUUGGUUAGACAAGAGUUUGACAAGAACAUUUGAAGGAAGAAGGCCGUGUUACUUCAACACCGGUGUGAUGGUGAUAGAUAUAGGUAAAUGGAGGAGAGGAGGGUAUACACGGAAGGUUGAGGAGUGGAUGGCAGUGCAGAAGCAGAAGAGGAUAUACCAUUUAGGGUCUUUGCCACCUUUUUUGCUUGUGAUGGCUGGGAAUAUAAAGGCGAUUGAUCAUAGAUGGAACCAACAUGGGUUGGGUGGUGACAAUUUUGAAGGAAGAUGUAGACGUCUCCAUCCAGGCCCUAUCAGCCUACUACAUUGGAGUGGCAAAGGUAAGCCAUGGUUGAGAUUGGAUUCGAGGAAGCCGUGCAUUGUUGAUCAUCUAUGGGCCCCGUACGAUCUCUACCGUUCAUUGAACGUCAGAUUAGAAGAAUGAGAGAGGGAAACAAAUCACAUGAUAGUAGAACUAACAGAACGGCGAGAGAGAUAAAUUCUAGGCUUUUAGAGAAGCAAAUCAUUUGAUGUGAAUAGAAUUGUUGAGGGCAAAAACUUUAGUGGGAGGAUUUCAUUCUACCAGAGGAGAAAUGGGUAGGGUUUUGGGUUUAGCCUUCUGUUGUACAGACAAUUUUACUUUUCAUUCUUCAUUAGGAAUAGCUAGGGUUUCGCCUUUUAUUAUUGUAAAUAUCUGUGAAGAAAACAAAGUAUUAUGCACUGACGCUUUAAAAAAUUACGCCCAGUUUGGUCCCUAUUUGAUGGGGUCUAGGAGGAAUAAAUUGGGUAUAGACUUAAUCUUUGGUAUAAUUGGCACAAAGUGACUAUCCUCAAGUUCAAAAGCAUAAAAUUUCAUGGCUGCAAUUUACAAUUAAUAUCAAAACUUCAAUUCAUUCUGAUUAGCGCAA